AUGGGAUGUCGGCUUCCGGGAGGCGCAGACAGUCCCGAAAAGUUUUGGAAGCUCCUCGAGGACGGCCGCAGCACGUGGACUGACGUUCCCGCCGACCGCUACAACUGGGAAUCGUUUUACCACUUACACCACGACUCGCAGGAGUCGCACAACCACCGCGGCGGCCACUUUAUCCAACAGGAUGUCGCUACGUUCGACGCCAAUUUCUUUGGCAUUUCCGCCGCCGAAGCAGAAGCCAUGGAUCCCCAGCAACGCAUCAUUCUGGAGACCACAUACGAGGCCAUCAUUCGAGGCACCGACGCCGCCGUCUUCACCGCAGCCUUCAACCACGACUACGAGACCAUCGCUCUGAAAGACACCCAGCACCUCCCCAAAUACCAUCUGACGGGCAACGCGCCGUCAAUCGAGGCCAACCGCAUUUCGUACUUGUUUGACCUCAGGGGGCCGUCUGUGUCACUGAACACGGCGUGCUCGGGCGGCUUGGUAGCACUCCAUCAGGCCUGUCAAUCCCUGGGAGCCGGGGAGUCCAGCUUAGCGAUUGUCGGGGCGUCGAACCUGAUUUUGACGCCCGACUUCAUGUUCGGCAUGAGUUUCAUGGGCAUGCUCAACAACGAAGGAAGAAGCUAUUCCUUCGAUGACCGGGGGUCCGGAUAUGGCCGAGGCGAAGGCGUGGCCUCGCUGGUCCUGAAGCGCCUCGACGAUGCCAUUGCCGCCGGAGAUCCCAUCAGAGCCGUCAUCCGCAACACGGGCGUGAACCAGGAUGGCAAGACGAACGGCAUCACCCUGCCGAGUGGGGAAGCCCAGGAAGCCCUGGCGCGCCGGGUUUACGAGCAAGCUGGUCUCGACCCUAGGGACACGGCAUUUGUAGAGGCCCAUGGGACCGGCACCAUUGCCGGAGAUGGGGCCGAGGUACGGGGCAUCCACAACGUUUUCUGCCAAGGGAGGGAGGGAGAGUUGCUGUUGGGAUCUUCCAAGGCGAACCUCGGCCACCUCGAGCCCGUCAGUGGCUUGGCCGCCGUCAUCAAGGUCGUCCUCGCCCUCGAAAGGGGUCUCAUCCCCCCAACGCCCAGCGUGCUGAGGUUGAAGCACAGCGUGCAGUUUCAUAACAUAAGGCUCUAG